GUAUUUUUUAUGAGUCAAAUUGGAAAAUCACAUAAUAAUUACUCUUAGAAGAUGGCAAAACAAGUAAAACUAUUCCAAAGUUUAUUGAAACAUUCUGCAAGAUUGCAACCCAACCUGAAGUGCAAAUGUACUAAAAAUGUGAUACAUUCACGUUCACUGCACUCUGGAUCAAUAUACGAGCAGAAGACAAGUUGGAGCGCUGUUUCAACUUAUGAUGAAGCAUUUCGAAGAUCUGUUGAGACACCCAAUGAAUUCUGGGGGGAAGCUGCAGAGAAUAUAUCAUGGUUCAAGAAAUGGGAUAGAGUAUUAGAUGAUUCGAAUUCUCCUCAUACAAGAUGGUUUGUGGGUGGAGAGAUGAACACUUGCUACAACUGUUUAGAUAGACAUGUUGAGAAAGGCUUUGGAGAUAUGAAUGCCAUAAUAUAUGACAGCCCUGUUACGAACACAGUCCAGAGAAUUACAUACACCCAGCUUCUAAGAGAGGUUGCUAAAUUGGCUGGUGCUCUGAGCAACCUUGGUGUGAAGAAGGGGGACCGUGUGUUAAUCUACAUGCCUAUGAUACCCCAGGCUAUGGCCACCAUGUUGGCUUGUGCAAGGCUCGGAGCCGUACACUCUCUUGUGUUUGGAGGCUUUGCUGCUAAGGAGUUGUCAACUAGGAUCAACCAUGCUGCACCUAAAGUGAUCGUCAGUGCCAGUUGUGGAGUGGAACCGAAUAGGAUCGUAGACUACAAGCCUAUUCUAGAGAGUGCCAUAGCUCAAUCAGAACAUAAACCAGACAAAUGUAUCAUAUAUCAGCGACAUGGGCUUGAAAAGGCCAUCCUUGAUCCUCAGAUGGAUGUUAACUACCAUGAUGUUGUGAGUGCUGCCAAGCCACAUGAUUGUGUCCCUGUACUUGCCACAGAUCCGCUAUAUCUCCUGUAUACAUCAGGAACUACAGGGACUCCAAAGGCUAUAAUUCGGCCCAAUGGGGGACAUGCUGUUGUGUUAUACUGGAGCAUGUUCAACUCAUAUGGCAUAAAGCCAGGAGAGGUCUGGUUCUCUGGUUCUGAUCUUGGUUGGGUAGUGGGUCAUUCCUACAUAUGCUAUGCUCCUUUAUUGCAUGGCAACACCACAGUUUUAUUUGAGGGUAAGCCAGUUGGUACCCCCGACCCAGGCACAUAUUGGCGAGUGAUCCAUGACCAUGGCGUUGCGGCCAUGUUUACUGCCCCUACUGCUCUGAGAGCUAUACGUAGAGAAGACCCCAAGGGUGCUUACAUGAAGAAAUACUUUCUUGGCCAUUUCCGAGAACUUUACCUAGCUGGUGAACAUUGUGAUCACGAGACACUGGAAUGGGCUAGAGAUACACUACAGAAACCUGUUAUAGAUCACUGGUGGCAGACUGAGACAGGCUCUGCAAUAACAUGCUCUAACAUGGGGUUGGGGAACAACCCAUAUCCACCAGCUGGAGUUGCAGGCAAACCUGUGCCAGGGUGGAACAUCAAGGUGCUCAGACAAGACAUGACAGAAUGUGAUGUAGAUGAACUAGGCAUCAUUGUAGCAAAACUUCCCUUACCACCAUGUGCCAUGUCUGGUUUGUACAAAAAUGAUGAGAAGUUCUUAAGUGCUUACUUCAAAACCUUUCCAGGAUAUUAUGAUUCAACGGAUGCUGGUUUCAUUGACAAAGAAGGCAAUAUUGCUGUGAUGUCACGUGUUGAUGAUGUCAUCAAUGUGGCAGGCCAUAGAUUAUCAUCUGGUGCAUUAGAAGAGGCUAUGUUGGAACACCCAGACCUUGCAGAAGCUGCGGUUGUAGGAGUUCCUGAUACUCUCAAGGGACAUGUGCCCCUGGGACUGUGUGUAGUCAAAUCAGGUACCAAGAAGCAUAGUACUGAUAUAGUAAAGGAAGUUGUCCAAUGUGUAAGAGAUCAUAUAGGCCCAGUGGCAGCCUUCAAACAAGCAGUUAUAGUGCCUAGGCUCCCUAAAACACGAUCUGGCAAAGUGGCACGAAACACAAUAGCAUCAAUGGCAUCUGGUAAAUCAUUUAAAAUUCCGGUUACCAUCGAGGAUCCCAGGGUAUAUGCAGAAGUUGCCAUAGCAAUAGAAACCAUUGGGAUCAACCCCGGAAAGCCAUUAUAAACAAUAAAUGGUUCCUGCAAGCAUUGAAGACCCAGGUGUUUACCCACAGCUUGCUGCAAUAUUCAAACAGAUGGGAUAUGUAGACCUGGGAGAACCUGAAAUGUAGCUACAACCGGACACAUAGCUAAUUGCUACAGUAGAACCAUCUAAUACUAGGGAGGUUACCUACACAUUUGUAAAAGAACUUGUUUGUGAAUCUUGUGUAGAAUUCUGAUUCUCUUGGGAUUAAUUCAUUGAUCAUUGGGAGUUUCAAUAUUCCAUAUUCACAUACAAAUUUUCUUAAAUCAGGUAGCUAGCUUAUCCUCCCUCAUAGUGCCUUUUAGUGCCUUCUAACUGAAACGUUGUCAAACUGAAGAGCUAAGUGAACAUUUCUAAAAUUAACCAUCUCAUCACCGGUGAUAUCCCAAAGUAGAACAAUUUUUAAGGCAAUGACUGAAGUGUUCACCUUUCUGAAAUGAAUAUCCCAUUACGAAACUCCUUCCUUUAGUAAAUAUGUUUAUCAAAUAAUAUGCUGGUCAUGAAUUCCAAUAUUAUUCUAUCUCUGGAAAAUUAUGCAACUGGUAGUCAGGCAGUGGAUCUGAGAAAACUCAUCACUU